AUCCAGCACUGCUACACAAAAUCACCACACUCACGCAAACGCUGAACCGCAGACAGACAGAUCCCAAAAACCUCUGAAAAACAACAGUAAGCUCGACAAAGGUCUGGCUGACGUCCCUCUUCAGAUUUACUCCUACACCUGCACUUCUGAAGAUGUCCAGAUUGGUGUUCCUUGUUCUGUUCGUGACUUUGCAAGUUUGCUUGACCUUGUCCAACCCGUUGGCCACUACUGCUCCAGACAAUGCAGGACUUCUUGAAAGAGCAAAACAGUUGUACAGAGGCACAAAGGCUAAAGUACUAGAUGUUGGCAAGACUGCGGCUGGUUAUGCUGGCAUGUACUAUGAGGAUCACCUAAAACCCCUAACCGACUCUUACAUGGAUUGGGCCAAAGACAGUACAAGCGCCCUGUGGCAGAGACUGAAAAACAGAUUGCCUGCUUUUGGAUCAGAUAUAAGUGAAUAAACAGAGCAGAUAUUGAGAAAUUAACUCUUUAUACUGAUAUUGAUCCGAUUAAAUCAUACCUCCAAUGAACUUAUUCCACAAUAAUGACAACACAAUGUAUGAACGAAUGUGUGUUAUAAUAUGAAUAAAUGUAAUCAAAAUA